AUGAACCCCUCGGCAGGCUUCUGCUGCUCGCUAGGCCCCGAGGAGCGCCAGGACUACGGGGCCUUGCCGCUGGGCCGGCGGGGCCUCCCCAGCAGCUUGGGGGAGAGGGGAGAAGGCGAGGCGGGGGCAGCUCGCGGCCCACACACUCCCAGCAGCGAGCGGGCUGUGCGCAAGAGCGUCAAGGUGGCCGGAGUGACCGCCCAGUUAGAAAUGAAGGGACUCUGGGACGAGUUCAACCACCUGGGGACGGAGAUGAUCGUCACCAAGGCCGGAAGGAGAAUGUUCCCAACUUUCCAAGUGAAGAUCUUCGGGAUGGACCCAACUGCAGAUUAUGUCCUCCUUGUGGACUUCAUCUCGGCUGACGACAAGAGAUAUCGGUAUGCGUUCCACAGUUCCUCCUGGCUGGUUACAGGGAAAGCUGACCCCAGCUCUCCGGGCCGGAUUUAUUUUCACCCGGACUCCCCCUCUAAGGGGACUCAGUGGAUGAAGCAGAUGGUGUCAUUCGAUAAGCUUAAGCUGACCAAUAACCUGCUGGAUGAUAAUGGACAUAUCAUCCUGAACUCCAUGCACCGUUACCAGCCCCGCUUCCACGUGGUGUACGUUGACCCCCGCCAGGACAGCGAGAGACGCGCGGCGGAGAACUUCAAGACCUUCCUGUUUGCCGAAACCCAGUUCACCGCAGUUACGGCUUACCAGAACCACAGGAUUACCCAGUUGAAAAUUGCCAGCAACCCAUUUGCUAAGGGUUUCCGGGACGGAGAUGCAGAUGACUGGUCACGUAGUGUGAGAGCGGGAACACUGCCGAUUCUAGGAUCGAUCACGAGAGCACGGAACUCACUGAGAAAAGCACAUAGAAACCACAGAGGAGAUGAUAAAGGCAAGCUUUUCACAUAA